AAGAUUGGCUCAACCCGGCAAGCCAUUCCGCCGGGCAUCGCCUUGGCGGUUCUCAAGAAGCCGUCCAUCAUACCGUCACCGGACUCGGAUUCAAUAUUCAUGCCGGCUGACCCGGGGGCUGCUCAGCCGAACCCGGGGGCUUCAUCGCCCAAGUCGGGGGCUUCAAAGCCAAACCCGCCGGCUACCAUGCCGAACCCGGGGACUUCUCAGUCCAACCCGGGGGCUUCAUCGCCAAACUCGGGGGCUAGCAAGCCGAACCCGCCGGCUAGCAAGCCGAACCCGGCGACCAUGCAGUUGAAUCCGGAAGCUCCCGCGCAGGAGGCCCUGUUGGUCAGCGUAUUCGAGAUAAGAUGCGUACCUUCAUGGGCACAAGAAUUCCUCUCCUACCUCACCGACGGUGUGCUGCCUGAUAAUAGAGUCCAGGCCAGGCAGAUUGAGAGAAGGGCCAAGGCCUACACAAUCAUCAACCACCAGCUAUACAAACGCAGCGUAAGUGGGGUGUUCCAGCGGUGCGUCGAGCCGGCUGAAGGGAUUGAACUCCUACGGGAAAUCCAUCAAGGAGAGUGCGGACAUCACGCCUCGUCUAGAGCCAUAGUGGCCAAGGCCUUCCGGCACGGUUUUUACUGGCCGACUGCGCUCAGAGACGCAGAAGAGUUGGUGAAGAAGUGCAACGGCUGUCAGCGCUUCGCAAAGAAGAGACACCAGCCGGCUUCCGCCCUGAAAACCAUCCCCAUCACGUGGCCAUUUGCCGUAUGGGGC